GAGUCGCUAAACCAGACUGCCUACAGCAAAGAUCGUAACCAGUAGAAAACUGGGUUUGAGUGAUGCCUUUUGUGAUGAAGAUGCAUCUUUUUCUCUGCUUGGUAUCGUUAAUGCUGUUGAGAGGAUUAUUAGGAGCUGAGGAAUUAAUUAUCAGAAGCCUGGGAAAAUGAGUUCAGCUGCCACUUUAACUUUUAAAGAUAACAUAAGGCUACGGAAUCUGAAGAUAGUUUGUUUUUACAUUGUUUGAGUACUAUUUGAUUUUACUCGGGCUAGAUUAGGACUGCCAAGGGGACACAGGUGAGUAAAGACUAGGCAAGAACUCAAGAGUUUGACUUCUGAGCUAUGUUGUUACCUUAAAAUGUUCAGGUGCUUUGAGUCAGCAUUCCACUCUUCUUACCAAAUACCAUGAGAUGAAGAAUCUGGCAUGUUUAAUUCUUCCUUCAGCCAUGGGUGGAAAAGUUUCACAGUUCUGGAAAACAUCUGACCAAAAGGAGAGUGAAGGGAAGCUGAUCUUACCUGGGCAACUGGAUGCUGAAGAUGAAAUUGCCAAUUACGCGAGCAUCAACGGAGGAGAUUCUGCUAUACCCUGCAUGCCUGGUACAGGCAUCUUACGUCGAAGCUGUGUCAAUUGCCCAACAUGCCAGGGAACAGGAAGGAUCCCCAGGGAGCAAGAGGAGCAGCUGGUGGCACUGAUUCCAUAUGGUGACCAGAGGCUGAAGCCCAGACGAACGAAACUCUACGUAUGUCUUGCUGUGACAAUCUGCCUGCUGAUGACAUCUCUCAGCAUCUUCUUCCUGUUUCCUCGCUCCAUUACUGUGCUGCCUGCAGGGUUGAAUGCCUCCUCCAUUGGUUUUGAUGUCAAUACCACCAGUAUAUACCUCAACAUGACAAAUGUGCUGAACGUAACUAACAGCAACUUCUACCUGGUCACUGCUGUGCAACUAGACAUUGAGAUUUUGCACCAAUCCCUGGUAGUAGGGAAGACCACUGUGAAAACUCUGCUGAACAUCAGCCCUUUGCAGAGCGGCCAGAUGUUUUAUAUGGUGGCCAGCAUCAUAUCGGAUGACAACACUUAUAACAUUUGCACCUGGACAAAAGUCAGAGUUCACAAUGUUCUGCUGCAUAUACAGGGUACACUGACCUGCACGUACCUGUGUCACUCGGAGCAGGUGGCUUUUGAAGACUACCAGUAUGUGGACUGCCGGGGGAACGCGACGUUACCUCACCCACUGUACCGCCGCCCACCAUGACAGAGCCAGGCUGGCAGAGCUUUUGGGUGCUGGGUGUUCCAUCACAAAGGCAAGUUGUAGGGAGACAAACUUGUGAGGCUUCUUCUCAAUCCAUGCCUUAAGCCAGGAGGCUUGGUGUUUGCUGGGCAAGGCUACCAUCUCCCUCGUGAAGACGGUAACGUACUGGGACUGUACUGCCCACAGGUUGCAGCUUUUUUUCCUUCAGUUCCUUAUCGUGGCUGACCCUUCAGCUGAGUGGCCAGAGCAUGGGGUGUCACACUCUGCAACGUUUCACUGUUCCAUCACAGGUGGUGUCCUGUUAGUCUAACUCUACUUGUUUCUUCCUUGCACCAUUUUGUACUUAGGUCCUGAAUUUAAUAGUUCAUAACUUGCAGAGGGACUGGGGUGAGACCUGGCUGGAUCAGAUCUAUAUCACUAGUGUCUGACACUUGCACAACCUGUUCCAUGAGAGCAAGAAACAGGACUGAUGUCUAUCUCGUUUUCUUUUCUCUUAAAAAAAUCACAACCUACUGCAUAUCGUACCAAAACACCAUGAGAGUGACUCUGAUACCCGCUGUUUGAGCUCUCUGGUGUAGGAGGCAAGAAUGCAAUGCCUUGGUUGUCUUUUUAUACAUAAAUAUAUAUUUUAAAAUAAGAUCAUCCACUAGGUGUUCUGUAAUGGGAUCCGUUCCAGUGAGGAGAAAAUGUGAAAGACUUGCUGUUUUCCAGCCAGUGGUAUGUGGUAGCUGGUACCUGCUGUUUGUUGAGUUGCUUUCCUCUAUGCUUUGCCACUGGGUGCUCUGAACAUGAGCAAGCAUGAGUGAGAAAAGCA